CCCAACGAAAAUGUGACGUUUCCCGUUCCGUUGAAUCGACACGCCGCAAGAAAUCGACUCCUGAAAUUCCUGCUCUGAACCCUUAGCCGAGCUAAACAGACAAACUCGAAGUGCUUUUUUGGGUAAUUCCUGACGAUUUAGGGAUGUACUGACGGACGGAGACGAUGGAGAUAAAAGUAUAACAAUAAGGUCCUGAUUGGUCAACAAGCUUCAUUGACGUGUUUUAAUACAAACAGCGUUCCGUAGCAACGUCCCCAACGGCGUUCCGUAGCAACGUCCCCAACGGCGUUCCGUAGCAACGGCCCCAGCGGCGUUCCGUAGCAACGGCCCCAGCGGCGUUCCGUAGCAACAGCCCCAGCGGCGUUCCGUAGCAAUCCUGGUUGAGAAUGAAAUGACUGAACAACCAAACAGCACAGCAAAUGUGCCUGGCCUGCCGGAGGGCAGCAACAGAAGACAGUGAAACUACCGUGGAGGGGAGCAGCAGAGGACGGUGAAACUACCGUGGAGGGGAGCAACAGAAGACGGUGAAACUACCGUGGAGGGUAGCAGCAGAAGACCUUCUCAUGGCCUGCCAGUCUGUCUCCAUCAUCAACAUGGACGAGCAGGCCCUGCUGGGGCUCAACCCUAACGCAGAUGCCUGCUAUAGGCAGAAGGCGAUGGUGUAUUUUGAGCAGUUGAAGGAGUCCCAGGAUGCCUGGGAGGUGUGUGCAGAGGCCCUGGCUAAAGGCAUUUACAGUGACGACCAUGUGAAGUUCUUCUGUUUCCAAGUCCUGGAGCACCAGAUCAAGUACAGACAUGGAGGGCUCAGUCCUGCCCAGCAACAGCUGAUCAGAGAAACCCUGAUGAAGUGGCUGCAGGGUCAGUUAAUGAACUCCCAACCAGAGAAGCCGUUCAUCCGUAACAAGGCAGCCCAGGUGUUUGCUCUGACCUUCGUGAUGGAGUACCUGACCCACUGGCCCAAGUUCUUCCACGACCUGCUGUCUCUAGUGGGCCUGAACCCACACGGGGUCGACGUCUACCUCAGAACACUGAUGGCUAUCGACGCUGAGGUGGUGGACAGAGACAUCCUGCACUCCCCUGAGGAGGUGCGUAGGAACACAUUAAUAAAAGAUGGUAUGAGGGAGCAGGUCAUCCCCAGCCUGGUUGAGUCCUGGUACCAGAUCCUCGGGGCCUAUCAGCAGUCUCACCCUGAGAUCACCUGUCAAUGUCUGGAGGUAGUGGGGGCAUACGUCUCCUGGAUAGACCUCAACCUCAUUGCCAACGACAGGUUUGUGAACCUGCUGCUGAGUCAGAUGUCUGUGGAGGACCUGAGAGAGGAGGCGUGUGACUGUCUGUAUGAGAUUGUCUGUAAAGGAAUGGCCCCGACAGACAAGACCAAGCUGGUCGAGUCCCUCUGUCAGGUCCUGCAGUCGGCUGGCUUCUUCAACGUGGACCAGGAGGAGGAUGUGGACUUCCUGGCUAAGUUCUCCAGACUGGUGAACGGGAUGGGCCAGUCUCUGGUGCUGAGCUGGACCAAACUGGCCAAGGGGGGCGCCGUGAAGGAAGCCGCCGAGGCGCUGCGUGCCCUCGAGACCAAGGUUCCUCUGCUCCUCCAGCUACUGGUCCACGACGACGAUGACAUCUCAGCCAACAUCGUAGGCUUCUGCUACGACUACCUGAACGUACUCAAACAGGGGUCCGAGUGGCAGAGUCACAUGCCUCAGGUAGGGAGAGGAGGACAGGAGGCCAUUGAAGAGUACUGGGACUCAGACAAGUUCCCGCUGCUGACAGACCAACAGAAGACUCACGUUGAGGACAUCAUGUUGGCCGUCAUGAAGAAACUAACUUAUGAUGAAGAGUACAACUUUGACAACGAGGGGGAGGAUGAAGCGAUGUUUGUAGAGUACAGGAAACAGUUGAAGAUGCUGUUGGAUCGCCUGGCUCAGGUGUCUCCUGACCUGCUCCUGGAAGCUGUAGGCAGAGUCUUCAACAACACCAUACAGCGUUGGCAGACGGCGUCCUUCAUGGAGGUGGAGGUGGCCAUCAGGCUGCUGUACAUGCUAGGAGAGGCUCUGCCUGCGUCUCACGGAGCUCACUUCUCUGGCGACACGGCCAAGACCUCCGCCCUGCAGGAUAUGAUGAGAACGCUGGUCUCCUCUGGUCUCAGUGGUUACCAACACACGUCUGUGUCGCUGGAGUUCUUCGAGACGGUGGUUCGUUACGACAAGUUCUUCCUGGUUGAACCGCAGCACAUUCCUAUUGUCCUGAUGUCCUUUCUGGACCAUCGCGGUCUGAGACACAGCAGUCCGAAGGUCCGUAGCAGAGUGGCCUACCUCUUCUCACGGUUCGUCAAGACACUGCAUAAACACAUGAACUCCUUCAUUGAAGACAUCCUGUCCAGGAUACAGGACCUGCUGGAGCUAGCUCCUCCUGAGAACGGUUUCCCUGCGCUGCUGACCAGCGAUGACCAGCUGUUUAUAUUUGAGACGGCGGGGGUGUUGAUCGUCCACGGAGAGAGUCCCGCGGAGAGGAAGCAGGCGCUGAUGAGAUCCCUGCUGACCCCGCUGACCGACGCCUUCCGUCUGCUGCUGGCCAAACUGGCCUCUGAGAGGGAGGAGGAGAGGCAGGCUGCGCUGGCCGACUGUCUCAGUCACGCUGUUGGCUUCGCUAGUCGUACCAGUAAGGCGUUCAGCAACAAGCAGACAGUGAAGCAGUGUGGAUGUACUGAAGUCUACAGAGACUGUCUGCAGACCUUCCUGCCUGCACUGAGCUGUCCUGUCCAGAGGGGGUCUCUGCGUAGCGCUGUCCGCUCCUUCCUUCAUCGCAUGAUCAUCUGUCUCGAAGAAGAGGUCCUGCCCUUCGUCCCGGCGGCAUCGGAGCACAUGCUGAAGGACUGCGAGGCCAGGGACCUGCAGGAGUUCAUACCCCUCAUCAGUCAGAUCACCGCUAAGUUCAAGGACCAGGUGUCUCCUUUCCUGCAGCAGGUGUUCAUGCCUCUGGUCCUGGCCAUCUUUGAGGUGUUGUGUCGACCUGCUGAGGACAACGACCAGGCAGCAGCUCUGGAGAAACAAAUGUUACGUAGAAGCUACUUCACCUUCAUACAGACCAUAACCUCCAGCGGGAUGAACGAAGUCCUGGCCAACCAGGGUGUUGAGAACGUAGAGCGGGUUCUGUUCACCAUCAUCCAGGGAGCUGUCGACUUCCCCGACCCCAUCGCCCAGAAGACCUGCUUCAUCAUCUUGUCCAAGCUGGUGGAACUCUGGGGAGGUAAAGACGGUAUGGCUGGUUUCCCAGACUUCAUCUAUAAACACAUCGUCCCAGCAUGCUUCCUGGCUCCUCUCAAACCAUCCUUUGAUCUCACGGACGCUCAGACCGUCCUGACGUUGUCAGAGUGUGCUCUGACGUUGAAAAUGAUUCAUCUCAGAAGGGGUCCGGAGUUUAUCCAGUACCUUCAACAGGAGUACCUCCCUUCUCUACAGGUGUCACCUGAAAUCACACAGGAAGUGUGUCAAGUGCUUCAGCAGCCAGACGCCAAGGUCCUCAAAAACUACAUGAAGGCUUUCUUUCAGCGAGCCAAACUGUAAAUACAAACCGAGCUGGAAGGAUUGAGAGAGGACACUGGAAACUGAGAGAAGACUGGUAGUGAGAGAGUACCACUCACUACGGACAGCCGGACAGAGAGAGAGAUCUUAAAGACGGAGAGCUUAGCAUAGGAGCGGCCUUAGCACUUCUGAAGGUAACUGCAUAACCCCGCCCAUCCUGUCCACGUGGGAGGGAACGGAGCCAAGACACAAGGACACGAGUGGUCAAGGAGGCUUUCACUGGGGUGACCACACCCCCCUCCACUGAUCCAGGCCCAAUCAAGGACGUGCUCUCCAUCUGGGGUGGUACCCUGGUCAAGUGAAGAUGUGAUUGGUUGGAUUCUCUGCAAGACAGGAAGUAAACUAGAGUAUAGAGGAAGGCUUAUGGAACGAGGCUUCCAUAGUAGAAUACCAAGUAUCCUUUAACAGGCCUGAAGCCUCAUCUGUCUGUUGGUAAUGAUCCAACAAUGACCUGAACACAGUCUAAUGAUUAGGAUUUAUUAGUUUAUAAAAAAUGUAUUUUUUUUCUUAAAAAAAAAUUAAAAAAACGGUUUUCAAGAUGUCUUUGAUUUGAGUGGUUGAACGUGGAGGUUUUGUUUCUCUUUGCCCUGUGAAGGAAUUGAUGAACUAAAUAAAAGGGCUUGACAUAUUUUUCUAGAUUUUUCUGUUGUGGAAGAAAUGGGAUGGUUGGGGUAGGAUGUGUUUUAGUUUGACGUGAUAUACAGGACAGACCUCUAACGGGAGGAUGACAGACCUCUGUAACGGUGGAUGACAGACCUCUGUAACGUUGUCAGGUACCCCUGUCCCUCAGAACGUUGUCAGGUACCCCUGUCCCUCAGAACGUUGUCAGGUACCCCUGUCCCUCAGAACGUUGUCAGGUACCCCUGUCCCUCAGAACGUUGUCAGGUACCCCUGUCCCUCAGAACGUUGUCAGGUACCCCUGUCCCUCAGAACGUUGUCAGGUACCCCUGUCCCUCAGAACGUUGUCAGGUACCCCUGUCCCUCAGAACGUUGUCAGGUACCCCUGUCCCUCAGAACGUUGUCAGGUACCCCUGUCCCUCAGAACGUUGUCAGGUACCCCUGUCCCUCAGAACGUUGUCAGGUACCCCUGUCCCUCAGAACGUUGUCAGGUACCCCUGUCCCUCAGAACGUUGUCAGGUACCCCUGUCCCUCAGAAUGUUGUCAGGUACCCCUGUCCCUCAGAAUGUUGUCAGGUACCCCUGACCCUCAGAACGUUGUCAGGUACCCCUGUCCCUCAGAACGUUGUCAGGUACCCCUGUCCCUCAGAACGUUGUCAGGUACCCCUGUCCCUCAGAACGUUGUCAGGUACCCCUGUCCCUCAGAACGUUGUCAGGAUGUCCUGAACGUCAGGGCCUCUUCAUGGUGUUUCAGUAGGAGUGCUGAUGGAGGAUGUUAUGAAUAAGAAGAGGUCGGACUGCUUCUAGAUCAGAUAUGCUUUAUGAACUCAAGCCCUGAACAAGGUUCUCCUCUACCCUCAGUCCCCUCAGAAAGAAUAGGACCUGCCCUGAACAAGGUUCUCCUCUACCCUCAGUCCCCUCAGACAGAACAGGACCUGUCCUGAACAAGGUUCUCCUCUACCCUCAGUCCUAUCAGACAGAACAGGACCUGUCCUGAACAAGGUUCUCCUCUACCCUCAGUCCUAUCAGACAGAAUAGGACCUACCCUGAACAAGGUUCUCCUCUACCCUCAGUCCCCUCAGACAGAACAGGACCUGUCCUGAACAAGGUUCUCCUCUACCCUCAGUCCCCUCAGAAAGAAUAGGACCUGCCCUGAACAAGGUUCUCCUCUACCCUCAGACAGAAUAGGACCUGCCCUGAACAAGGUUCUCUACCCUCAGCCCCCUCAGAAAGAAUAAGACCUGCCCUGAACGAGGUUCUCCUCUACCCUCAGUCCCCUCAGACAGAAUAGGAUCUACCCUCAGUCCCCUCAGACAGAAUAGGAUCUACCCUCAGUCCCCUCAGACAGAACAGGACCUGCCCUGAACAAGGUCCUCUACCCUCAGUCCCCUCAGACAGAAUAGGACCUGCCCUGAACAAGGUUCUCCUCUACCCUCAGUCCUAUCAGAAAGAACAGGACCUGCCCUGAACAAGGUUCUCUACCCUCAGUCCCCUCAGACAGAAUAGGACCUGCCCUGAACAAGGUUCUCCUCUACCCUCAGUCCCCUCAGACAGAAUAGGACCUGCCCUGAACAAGGUUCUCCUCUACCCUCAGUCCCCUCAGACAGAAUAGGACCUGCCCUGAACAAGGUUCUCCUCUACCCUCAGACAGAAUAGGACCUGCCCUGACCAAGGUUCUCCUCUACCCUCAGACAGAAUAGGACCUGCCCUGAACAAGGUUCUCUACCCUCAGACAGAAUAGGACCUGCCCUGAACAAGGUUCUCCUCUACCCUCAGUCCCCUCAGACAGAAUAGGACCUGCCCUGACCAAGGUUCUCCUCUACCCUCAGUCCCCUCAGAAAGAAUAGGACCUGCCCUGAACAAGGUUCUCCUCUACCCUCAGUCCCCUCAGACAGAAUAGGACCUGCCCUGAACAAGGUUCUCCUCUACCCUCAGUCCCCUCAAACAGAAUAGGACCUGCCCUGAACAAGGUUCUCCUCUACCCUCAGACAGAAUAGGACCUGCCCUGAACAAGGUUCUCCUCUACCCUCAGACAGAAUAGGACCUGCCCUGAACGAGGUUCUCUACCCUCAGUCCCCUCAGAAAGAAUAGGACCUGGUUUAACAAACAUCUGUUUGUGAUCUAAAAAAAAUCAGACAAUGUCAGGAACUGCAUCUCAGCUGUACUUACUGUCUGUUGGUGGGGGGCGCUUAACAGAAGGUCCACUAUAGGGCCCUGGGCAACAUAUAGGGAAUGAUGGCGGUGGGGGGGGGUCUGACUGAGUGAAGUCAUCCACUCUGCCCUCAACAGGAGAACUCUGGACCAGACUGACUAGCGAAGUGUUUACCCCGGUGGUCGCUACGACACCGUCACUUCCAGAAGGAAAGUCUUUUAAUAGCGGAUCAAAAUGUAAAUAUGACGUUUUAUUUUAAAGAAGGAAUAAUAUGUUGGGAUGUAAAUAACUUAGUUUGAUGGGUUGUUGUUGUUGUUGUUGUUGUUUUGAACUUCUGUUCCUUUUCUGAAGAGAUGUAAUGUUAAAGAUUAGUCCGUGUCGUCUUUACAGGUUUGAGCAGCAUGAUCCAUAGGACUGACUAUAACCAGACAACGGCAUUUUAUACCCAACUGUUACUCACAAUUCAGCUUGACCAAUGAGGAAAUGUGAUUGGUAAUGCUAACCUGCCUGUUAACUAUAUACUGAACAAACAUGUCAAUGAUUUAAACUCCGUUACAGUUCAUUAAAUGAAAUCAGUCAAUUGAAAUAAAUUCAUUAGAUCGUAA